GCCAAACACCUCAAUAUUUCUAUUGCUCACUUUUAGAAGCAGGAUUAUCAAAGAAGCAGCAAAAAUGAAGACUACAGUGAGCACUGGAGUGAUUUUAUUAUGUUUAUAUUUAGGAUGUGUAUCUGCUGUAUCUAUCGGCAGAGCAAGGAGACAGCUUCCAGGGAGCGACGGAGGAUCAUUCUGGGAUAAAUUAGAUGAUGAGCUUACUGAUGCAGUUGAUGGGGCUCUUGAGCAGCUAGAUUGUGGUGGACAACUAUGUGAUACAUUUUUGGACACUUUUGACGAUGCACAAAAAGGGCUCUUCCGUGAAUUGGAGGGCUUAGGGGACACCUUCAAAUUUGUUGAGGAUGAUGUGAUGCAACUGAGUCCUCAAGAAAGACAGGAAGUACAAGAGUUGAAUCAGAAGAAAUCACAGUUUGGGUUUAGUACUUUCAAGGACCAGUCCAUGGAGAAAGAACUUCUUGAUGAUGCCAUUCGUCACUUGUCAGAAGAAUCGGAAGAAAUGAGAGAUGCAAUCUUAAACAUGACUAAAAAGCCAGAAUUAUUCACUCCUGAGAUUGCAAUGGAUGUUGAUAUGGACAUGCUCUGCUUUAUGAAUUUGACUGAAUUGAAGGCUGCUGCUAAUGUUAUGACCAAUGAGUCACGUGCAGUCAUGUGUGCACGCUCUGCUAAGACGGAAGAUAUGCAGCCAUGUGCUGCUCAGAGGAUCGCUGAGAUUGUUGAUUGUGGGGAGUACUUUAAUAAACUCCAGGUGAAACCAAGAGGUGCCGCUGCUGAGGCUUGCCUCUAUGGAAUCUUGCAACGUGCAGAUUUUGAUAUCGCUAAUUUUACUGAUGCUGACUGGGACCAGGCCAUGCUUUGCAUUGAUGGUUUAGAAGCUGAAAUGAUUAUGCAGAUACCUCUCCCUAUCAUUAAAAGGAAUAUUUGUAAACUGAGUGGACUCCUAAGACCAAGUGAAAUGGAGAAGGAAGUGAAUUUAGAGGAUCUGGACUUCACAGAAUUCAUGACUAAUAAAACAAAAGUCCAAAUUACCAAGGCAGCAAUGAAUGAAAAGGCCAAGAUGGCUCAGAUGGCCAAGGCAAACAAGCCAAACUUUGAUAGCGAGUAUUUCAAUCGAUGUGACAAAGAUGACUAUGAGUGCUUGGAAGAAAAAGUUGAAGAUCUUGGGGUUUCCCCUGAUGUCCUAGGUGCUUUAGUUCAGCGUGUUACCAACAUAUUACGUCAGGAAAAUGUUCAAGCAUUCCCUGAUGAAAUGCUGCGGUGCUUUGCUCCCUUUUUCAUGGAGUUCAAACCAACAGAUAUCUUAGCCAUGCCAGAUGCUGCUUUAUUCAAGUUCGCGGACUUCUUUGUUGAUAUUGAGUUUGAUGAGUUCACACAAAUAGAAGUCGUAGAAAGACUGAAGGCAGCUUUACCACCAAUUGAUACUUGGGAUAAAGAUAUGAUCAUUGACCUGUUUAAAAAUGUCAAGCUAGAUGUUGGAAUUAUGGAAGGUCUAAAUGCCAGUGGUGGACUGUUAGAAGCAAUCAAGGAUACAAACUUCCCCGAGUUUGAAGAUGAGGCUGAUGGAUUCCUCCUUGGAAAAAUCGUAAGAGGCGUUGAACAAUUCAUAAACGCUGAGAAUAUGACAGCUGAUGAUAUUGUUGACAUUAAGAAGGUUCUUCCAAUUAUGGGCAUAUCCAUCUUCGAGAAGUUAAAUGAUACCGCAUUGUUUGAUGUCUUUGAAAACAUUAGUGAUGUGACUGGAUGGCCAGAUGACUUGGGACGUGAUAUGGCCAAAUUUGCUAUUAAGAAAAUGGGUGGAGCAAAUAACUUGGACAGUGGUAAAUUUGGAAAACUCGGGAGCCUUGGUGGUUACAUGAACACUGAUGAAAUUGAUAUGCUGAGUGAUGACGUAAUCUCAGAUAAUCUCGACUCCCUAAAUAAUCUGAGAUUAAGUAAAGCUGGUCAGAAAAAACUUCUGAAAAAGAUGGAAUCUGCAGGAGGUAACCUCUUAGAGAAUGCUGUACAAAAUGGUACAGUGGGCAAACUGAUGAAGAAAUUGCCACUGAAGAAGUUGAAGGAAUUGGGAGGAAGUGCGCUUGGGUUUCAACCAGAAAGCAGACCAAUGGACAUUGAAUGUGACAAGUCAACUUGCAAGGAAAUGUUUAAAAUGACAAAAGCCAAUGGACUUGGAGAAAUAUCCCAAAAUGCAAGAAAGUACAAUAUGAAGACUAUCAAGAAUAUGGGAAAAGUUGCCUGCGGUAUGGGAUGUCCAGAAAUCAUUGGUCUUCCAAAGAAAAGAGAAACUUUCAAGAUUGUCAAGCACAUGGGAGAACUUAGAUGUCUAGGAGAGGUGGAGCAAAAGUGCAUGGCUUACAAGAUCAAAUCUAUGAUGGAGUUUAACAACCAGACGAAACUUAAUCAAUUUGCAACCAGAGAGAACAUCAAGAGUGUUUCUCAAUUCUUCAAAUUUUUCAAUGCUUCCGACUUGCGUAAGCUACCACAACAACGUUGCUACGAUAUCCUAUCAGGAAUGGGCCGUGAGGAUUUCAGUAAAGUACGACGCUCUCAAUUGACCGAGUUGAAGAACUUUGCUCUUAGCUGCAAGAACAAGGAAGAUGGAAAUAGUUCAAUCACAACAGAUGAUAUGAUGCUUAUUGGAGACAUUGCAUGUGGAAUGGAAGAAAAGGAUGUUGCAAGGUUCAGUGUGGAGGCCAUUACAGACAUGCUCUUCAAAUGGCAGGCUAGAUGUGUCAUUCAGCCACAUAUUGUCCGUGCUCUACUCAACAAAGUCAAAAUGACCUUGAAUAUUUCUGCUGGGGAUCUAACACAGAAAGAAAUGGUACAAUUGGGUGCUUUCAUGACAUAUUUGGAGCCUAGUGAUUUUGCUCAGUUGAACAGGACUGAAGUGAGAAAAGCUAUCCCUCGUUUAAUGAAACAAUUCCAAGCAUUUGAGGGAAUGCGCAAGCUUCGUGAGCAUAACUAUGUCAUGGACUUGAACAGCACUGAGACUGCUGAUCUACUGGCAGGAAGAGACGCUAUUUAUGGUGCCAUCUUGGAUGGUAUUACAUCAGAUGGUCAAUCAAGAAAGAAGAGAUCUGGAAGCUCCCUUACAUGCAGUGAGAUUAAGAUGUUGGAUGACGCAGCUGCUCAGAUGACCACAACUCAGCUCUCUAACCUCGCAGACAGUGACUUUGUUGACUGUGCAGCAACAAUGGGUUCAAAUGAAGGAUGGAGUCAGGAACAGAAGGUUGCCCUUAGUGAAGUGGCUGGACGUGAAACUGUAUGGGGUAGCCAUUCUACAUGGGACAAUGAUGAUAUCGCAAAGGCUGGCAUCAUGACCCAGGGUCUUAGUGCAGCCAACAUUGCCAUGCUUAAUAUCACCUCAGUUGACACACUGGCUUCACUUGGUCAGUAUAGUGGAUGGGAGGCAACACAGUUGGAAGCUGGAUUCACAGCAUUUUUGACAAACACCAAAGGUGGAUCUAUUGGAAGUGUCGACUCUACAGAUCUUGGUUCCAUGGGAGAGUUUGGCUGUGGUGCCACCGUCAGUGAGAUUGGUAGUAUGAGCACUGCAUACGCUGAAGCUUCUAGUGAUGUAGGUUCCCUGACUAGCUGUAGCUCUGAACAACAAGCUGCCUAUGCUACACUAGCUGUCAGUGCAUUCGGCUCUAACGUCACUGCAUGGUCUGAAUCCGAUGUGGCAUCAGUUGGUAACAUGGUCGGUGGACUCAGUGAGUCAGACCUUACUAAACUCACAGAGACACAGAUUCAAGCCAUGAGUCCUGCGAGUGUUUCUAGCAUCCCUGCGGCUAAGUUCAGUGCCUUGUCAGCCACCCAGGUUGGAGCCAUGUCUUCUUCCCAGGCUGCCUCCAUCAGUGCCGACCAGCAGGCCAACAUGAACAGUGAUGCCUUGAGUGCACUUGGUAACAGUGGAGGUAACAUUGUUGUACAGGACAAUGGACUGACAACUGGUGCCCCAGGUGGAGGUGCUGGUCCUGGUGGAAAUGGAGCUGGUCCUGUGAGCAUCUCUCUUGCUGCCAUCAUUACCCUUCUGAUUGCUGCAUUCAUUAUGUAAGAGCAUUAGGAUGGAGAUAUACAGCUAUAAACAACAGCAUAAAUAUAACAGCAUACGUCUAAACAAACAUAGACACUAGAACAGCAUUUAUGAAACCAAACAGCAUUGACUACCAAAACAGCUUUGAUUCAAACAGCAUUGAUAAUCGAACAUUGAUUAAACCAGCUUUGACAAUCAAAAUGGACUUUUAAGUGGUGUAUGAAUUAUCACAAACAGAAGGAUAUUUAACCUUCCUAGCAUCCUCACCUAUUUACAUUAUUUUAGUUUUUGCUUCCAUUCUCUGAUCUGUACCCUCUGUUUAUGAGUUCUAAAGUGUAAAUACAAAUGUUUAAUUUACAAUUUCAAACAUAGAACAUUUUGUUUUAUAUAAUCUUAUGAAUUGCCAAAACUAACAAAGUACCAAAAUAUACUCUUCAUAUAUAAUUUUUUUAGAUUCACUGUACAUAUUUUAUUUUUUCUCUUUUUUACCUGUGUAAACAUUUUAUUCUUAGAAAAAGUAAAUUUCUUCUCAGUUAUAUACACUGUUUGUUAGUGAUUUUAUGGUCUUGGUUAAUAUUCUGAAGCACUUAUUUAUUAAUUAUCAUUAUUAUAAUCAUUGUUAUAGCUUUCAAUUGAAUUUCAUAUAUGGAAUCAAAAUUUUUCGUAUUCACUGUACUGUUUUGUAAUUUGCACAAACAAUUUUGUAUUUAGUCUACUAAUACUCAGUAUUGCACACUUUACACCUAACACUUUACCGUUUUCACCUUUCGAGUUUUCCAGUGUGUUUUACUGUAAAACUUCAUAUUUUAUUUUGGCUUGUAUACCAAUUUUCUAGUUUGCACAUUUUAAUUUGUUAUUUGCACAUGUUUGAUUUUAAUUUGCACAUUUUAGUUUUUAUUAAUUUGCACAUCUAACCGAAGUUGAAACUUGUGGUUGCAUAAUACAAUAACCCAUAGUAGCAUAAUAAAUUUAAUACUUCUUGUUUAUUGUACCCUUUAACACAACUGUAUCCACAACUCCCCCUUUAUAAUGCAGAAGGCAUAAUAUAUAAGAGAAAUUCAUAAUAUAGAGCCCAUAAUACAUUUCCAAUUUCCUUUUUGACUUUACUAAUAUAGGCAACAUUUAAGAGUACUUAACAUAUAUUUAUUUACAAGGUUGUUUCUAGGAUGAAAAAUUGCAUAUCUUUGAAGAAUGAAAUUAUGUCCCAAUUUUGGAAAUAACCGUUUAUGUAUUAAUCUAGCACAUUGCACUAUACAAAGCAUGUAGUAUAGUAGCAUACACUUUAACACUAUAACACACACAGGUGUUUAAUAUUACAUGUAUAUGGUUCUCAAUUCUUUAUUCAUGUCAUAUAUGACGACUUUUAUUUGAUCGGGAAGUCUGAUAGGACUGUCAGAGUUGAGGCAUACAGUAGUUAUAGUAGUCUUGCUUCAAGACCCUGGACACCCCCCAACCCCCCCCCCCCCCAGCUUAUCUACUUCAACAACUUCAGAUGUUAGAAGUUGAUGAGGGGGUCAAGGGUCCUGAAGCAAGACCAUAAUUAAAGCUUUACACUGAUGCACCAUCUAGGCCUUUAAAAAACAUGAUGAUUUGAAUAUCCAUUUCAACUAGGCUUAAAUUUCUCAAAAUGCAAAGUAUGUACAAUUGCAGAUUAUAUCAGUGUUAUUUACAUCAUGCCCUGUACACGCAUCCCAAACCUUGUUUCUAAAAACUGUACAUGAAAAGUUUUUCUAAAUUAUUUUAAAAACUAAAGCUGAUCUGUGAUCUUUGAAUUUUGAAAUAAAUUUUACUUUUGAUUUUAA